AUGUACAUCCCCAUCCUUAUGGCGAGGAACAGUCUCGACGUUAACCCGCCCGUCGGGGUCACAGCGCACCUCUCGGUCAAUGGUUCGAGCUGGCUCUGGGCCGUCACGGCCGUCUACGGCAUGUCCCUCCUCUGCUUCAUGGCUUGGGCCGUCGGCGUCAAGAGAAACUACGAGGGCGACGCUGUGACAGGCCCCACCCACGCUUGCACCGCAUGCGAGAUGGGCACGGGCACCCACACUUGCCGUUCAGUUAACGACGCCAUGAAGAAAUACCACAACAUUGCCAUCCUCAUCAUCUCCCUCGGCACAGUAGCUUACUUCCUCAUGGCGUCCGACCUUGGAUACACGGGCAUCGCGACCGAGUUCUCACACCACGUCCCGGAAGGUACCUCGCGCCAAAUCUUCUACGUCCGCUGGGUAUACUAUGCCCUGUCGAUGCCUCUCUACACCGUAAUGUUUACGCUGGUCGCGCACGCCCAACUCGCCGACAUAUUCCUUGCUACAUGCAUGGCGGCUUCGUGGCCCAUCGCUCUCUUGAUCGGAGGGCUCAUCCGCACCUCGUACAAGUGGGGUCUCUUCGUCCUCGCCGUCAUCUUCUACUUGUACCAAAUGUACCUUCUCGCUGGGCCCUGCCGCCGCAGCUCGCUGCCCUACCUGAGCGGCCUUGGCGCAUUCGCUCUGUUCGGAGUUCUCUACUUCAUCGCAUGGGGUUGCGCCGAGGGCGGUAACGUCAUCAGCACGACCGGCGAGAUGGUAUGGUACGGUAUCAUCGACGUUCUCUUCAAGCCCUUCUUCCUCAUCUUCUUCCUCCUCCUCGCGCGCGAGGAGGUCCGUAAACACCACGAGCCUAGGAACCUCGGCGCCGCCGAGACGGGAUUGGCACCCACGACCAGUGGCGCGACCGCCACUCACUACACCCACUCGCCGCGGCUCGGUAAGAAGAUGUUCGACCGGUUCGGACACCACGACGCCCCCCUCUCCGAGAAGCCUGCUACGGGAAUGGCCGCGACUGAGGCGACUGCCCCCACUGGCGAGACCGACAUGGGUACUGGGCAAAUGGGACAGGCCAACCCUCGGUUUUCGGAAGCGACCGCAGUCGGAGAGACCCGCCACUAG